AUGAAAGAGAAGCAGAGACGUGAUGAAUUUAUUCAUGAAGCGUUUGUGAAGAAUACCGUCAGAGACACAAAGGAAGACCUUGAAAUUCUAAGACGGACCAGGACCAUGGUCGAGACAGCCAUCAAAAAUAAGAAGAUAUUCACUAUGCAAGGCGGUUACGCUGUCCAGAAAAGCUGCCUGCUGAAAAGAGGAUGGGUGGAAAAAGUGUCAAUGAAAACUGGUGAAGAUGCCAGAAAAGAAGAAGGUAUCGAGAUUAUCAAGGCAAAACUUCUCUGCAAUGAAGAACCCAACUUGAUCUGGAUUGCAAGAUCAGACAUGGUGGACUAUUCCUUACUCAAAAAGGAUCAACUGAUAAACAAUUUCUGCAACACUAAAUGCUUUACAACCAAAGUGGGGUUGUGCAACUUGUUAGGCGAAAUGCGUUGGAAUGCAGAUGUUGAUCCAUACUCCUUUAUCCCACGUUGCUACAAACUGGGAAAGGAAGAAGAAAAACAGGAAUUCAUUGGAAAAAGGUCUACUCAUAAGGGACGUGUCGGAUUAGAAGUCCUCUCCACAGCUAUGCAAAUAUGUGAAACACACCUCAACAAUUUGGAGCACAAUGACAUCGACCAGAAAGAGUCUAAACCCAUGUCACCCAAGUUCUGGAAAGAAUUCUUACGUGACUAUUACCGGGUUAUCCAUGACGGCGCAUCUAUAGAUCAUGCUCAUCUCUAUGCAGAGCAAUGCCGUUAUCUCUUAAAUAAGCUGGAAGCGGUGUUCCCACAGUUGGAUACUGAAGGUGGAAGGAACAUCUGGAUAGUGAAACCUGGAGCUAAAUCCCAAGGAAAAGGAAUUACAUGCAAGGAUAAUUUGGAACGCAUACUGUCGGCCGUUGAUUGUGAUCCAGUACUAGUGGAUGAAGACUUAUGUGUAGUACAGAAGUAUAUUGAGCGGCCACUCUUAAUCCAUGGGACCAAAUUUGAUGUGCGCCAGUGGUUCCUGGUCACGGAUUGGAACCCUUUGACUAUAUGGUUCUACAACAGAUGUUACCUCCGCUUCUCAUCGCAAUGUUUUUCUUUGGAGAAUCUACACAGCUCUGUCCACCUAUGUAACAACGCUGUACAGAAGCAUUAUAAGAACUCUCCAAAGCGUCACCCAGAUCUUCCUAAAGAGAACAUGUGGUUUGACCACCAGUUUAACGAUUAUCUGCAGAAGAUCGGGGCAACCAAUGCCUGGGAUGAAAUUAUUUUGCCAGGAAUGAAAGAAAUCAUCAUUCAAACGAUGAAGACUGCCCAGGAUAAAGUUGAUCACAGAAAAAAUGCUUUCCAUCUAUACGGUGCAGAUUUUAUGUUUGGCGAAAAUUUCCAGCCAUGGCUGAUAGAAAUAAAUGCCAGCCCUGCACUGUCAAAAUCCACCUCUGUCAAUAGCAUACUCAGUGCCCAGGUCCAAGAAGACAUCCUACGAGUUGUCCUUGACCGAAAGCAAGACAGCGAGUGUUAUGUGGGCAACUUUGAACUCCUGUAUAAACAGAAACCAGUCCCGUGCUCUGGGACGUCACAAACUGGUUGGCAGCCGUGGGAUAACACACUGGGCACCAUGCGCAGGCAGGAACUGGAAGAAUUAAUCCUUGCUACGCUAAGAAAGUGGUGUCGCAAUCGGGGUAUUGCCCCUGAAGGGAAGAAAAAGACAGAAAUCAUUGCUUUACUACUACCACUCCUACCUUCAGAUGCAGAGACUGUUACAUCUGAGAGUGCAGUUGCUGGGGCCCCCGAAAUGGUCUAG